AUCUGAUGACUUCGUGUUUGGCGUGAUGAUUCGAGAGAGAGUCUGCAACCCGCAAUACUUGACCAACGGGUUGCCCUUACUGGGCCGCACCUCGUAUUUCAUGAAUUGGAUUGACAAACUACAUGUCGACCAUCUACAGUUCUAGACGACAACAUGGGGCGAAUGCUCAAACUAGAUAAAAAUCUGCACUCAUAGUGGAGAGUAACCACCAGAAUGCACAUGUCAUUCGACGAGUGAGAGCAAGUAUAAGAAGUUGAAGUUAUCUCGUCUCCAGGGAUAGCUGUAGUGUUCAAGCUCGCCAACUUCACAACAGUACUUACCUACAGCGCAGUCUGAGGACUAGCAACAAUGGCUACCACCGACAAAGGGAACCCGCAAGACCAGAUCACGCCCGAUCCGGUCGACACGGGCUCGUACCAUGAGGAUGAAAAGCCGAAGCCAGUUGAUGUCGGCCACCAGUCCAAGGGUGUUACCCGUAUGGAGGCCGUCUAUCGCGAAGGCAAGCAAAGUCGCAAGACCUUUUGGCUCGUUGGAGCUUCAGUCCUCGUCUGUGCCUGGGCCUAUUCACUCGACACUACCACCACGAGCAACUACAGUGUCGAUGUCUCCUCGUACUUCAACCAACACAGCUCGGUCCUGGCCACAUUGUCCAUCGCUACAAAGAUCAUCGGCGCCGUUUCGAAGCCUUUCAUCGCCAAGAUUUCGGAUAUCACCUCCCGCCCAUACACAUACAUUUUGGUUUUGAUGUUCUAUAUCGUUGGUUACAUCAUCAUCGCAACAUGCUCGACUGUCUCCGCCUACGUAGUGGGUGAAUCGUUUGUAGCCGUGGGAAGCGCUGGAUUGGACCUUACCAGCGAUAUUAUCGUUGCUGAUCUGACACCUCUGGAGUGGCGUGGUUUUGCCAGCUCUCUCUUGUCGGUACCUUCAAUCAUCAACCCCUGGUUCGCUGGAAAGAUUGUCGAUGCCAUCCUUUCAAGGGAUCAGUGGCGAUGGGGUUACGGCAUGUUCGCUAUCAUCAUGCCCGUUGUGCUCGCUCCGGCUAUCGCAACCCUAGUCUACCUCGACCGCAACGCUAAGAAACAUGGUAUCGUCAACAUUGCUUCAAGCAAUGCCGCCCGCCGUGCUGCCCAAACUCUCGCCGCCGAGGAGGGCAAGGAAGGACCACAUGGAAUGGUCACCGCCCAAGCUGCUGAGCCGACCAAGACUUGGAUGGAAUCCCUCAAGUACAAUCUUGAGGAAAUCGACGCUUUCGGCCUGAUCCUCUUAGGAUUCGGAUGGUCUCUCUUUCUCCUUCCCUUUUCGCUCAGGACAUAUGCCGACGGCGGCUGGAAGAACCGAUCGCUCAUUGCCAUGCUCAUCGUUGGAGGCCUUCUUCUCAUCGCGUAUGUUGUCUAUGAAAUGAAGUGGGCUAAGGUGCCCAGUGCGCCUCGUCGUCUUGUCUUCAACAAGACCUUCGCUAUGGCCAUCAUCAUCGAUUUCUUCUACCAGCUCGCUGGAAGCAUCCGCGCUUUGUACUGGAGUUCCUACGUAUACGUUGGCAAGCCAUGGAGCCUGCAAAACUGGACUUACUACAACAACACCUUGACCAUUGCGCUGUGCGUUGGUGGCCCUAUGACUGGUCUUUUGCAGCGAUGGACCCAUCGUUACAAGACCAUCCAAUUGGUUGGUCUUUGCAUCAAGAUCAUUGGUAUGGGUAUCAUGCUCGACGGCCGUAUGGCUACGAACACCGACGCCGCAAUGAUCAUGUGCCAAAUCCUCAUCGGUUUCGGAGGCGCCAUGUCUGUCGUUGGUUCUCGUGUCGCUUCCCAGGCCUCCGUUCCUCAUCAGGACGUCGCCCUUGCCAUCUCCCUCCUCUCUCUGUGGUCUAGCGUUGGAUCGGCCAUCGGCGCUGCUGUUGUUGCCGUGAUGUGGUCUCACGAGAUGCCCAAGGCCCUGCGCCAGUACCUCCCGGCCAGCGCCACCGAGAAGGAUGUCAAGAAGCUCUUCAGCAACAUGCGCACUGUUCGUACCGCUUACAAGUUCGGAACUCCCAUGCGUGAGGGUGCUGUCACUGCCUACAGACACGCACUCUACCCUUGCAUUGCCACCGCUCUCGCCUUGGCCUUCAUUCCUCUCAUCGCCGCUUGCUUCCAGACCGACUACUUCCUCGGAAAGCAGCAGAACGCUGUCACCAAUGUUGGAAACGACGGAUUGCCACUCGCCGAGGACCACCACAACGAGAAGGAGCAAGCGCCACCAAAGAACAAGAAGGAGGCUUUCCUCCGUUUCUGGGCUGGCAGGUAGAAAGUUUCGUCUGUCUACGAUGAGUGACUACUAUGCGCUAUACUGUUGCUAGGGUAUAGCUCCAGGGUCACGAAUAUGGCAUCAUUUAGAGAAGAAGUGUGUCACUAGAAAAGCAACAUUCGUUAUUCCCCCAGUCUAUAAUACG